ACGGCCGCGGCGGCGGCGGCCACAGCGGCAGCGGGAGCAGCGCGGGGAAGGAGCACCGGCUCGCAGCCCUCGGCCCUCGCCCCACCCAGCGCCAGCCAGACGGGGGAGGCGGAGCGCCGAGGGUGGCGGUCCUCGGCCUCCCGGGUCCCCGCUCCGGGAAGCUGCUCCGAGACGGGGUGUUGUUGCUAACGAGCUCUCUCUCCUCCCUUCUUACAAUGAAAGACAAGCCAGACCCUGGGUACCUGGAUGGAUUGGGAGCUGAAGUCUCAGAAACUUCCUAAUAAGUUGCCGAUGGCUACCAGCCAAGGUCAGCUGGUUCCCAUUGGCGCCUGUCCCCACCAAAGCUGAGCCACAUAAGCUGCUCCCCGUGAACACCUCAGUCGCUUUUUUUUACGCUCCAGUCCAGCUGCACAUUUGUUGUCACUUUAAGCCCAUAUGAAAAGAAAUCUCUUUUACUGGUCCACAAUGCCAAGUCCAAUCCCAUAGGGGGAACGUGUUUGCAGCGAACAGGUACACCUCCUGAUUUUAUUUUAUCUUUACAACGCAGGCCGGAGGGUUGUUUCGCAGUUGUGUUGAGCACAUCACACAUUAAGGGCCCUUUAAAGACCUGGGUUGAUUGGAAGGACAAAAAUUAAAAGCAAUCUGAUCCGGCCUCAUGCCAGGUCCCUGCGGAUUUUCUCCCUAUCCCAUUUCCAUCCACCGUCACAAUUUGAGAGUCUGCCUGAUUUGAUCAGGUUCCCCUCUGGGAGAGGUGUGAUGCCAAGGUUAGGAGGACGCCAAGUGGUGGGUAACUUCUCGAUCUGCCCAUCAGCAGUCUGAGAAACGCUGGCUCUGAGUUUUUCCACAUCGGCCUCUUGGAAAAAACAAGUUCCUCGCUGUUUGCAACCCGGCAGAGUCCCUGGGACGUCCGGCCUCCAUCGCCUGGUAGACGUGGCUUUUCCAUGCUGAGGUUGCGAGGCCCUCCUGACCCAGUCGCCACCUCUCCCGUCCCUCUCUGGGCCUCGCCCCUGGGGACUGCGCCGCCAUGCUGCACCUGCUGGCUCUUUUCCUGCACUGCCUCCCGCUGGCCUCUGGGGACUACGACAUCUGCAAAUCCUGGGUGACCACGGAUGAAGGCCCCACCUGGGAGUUCUAUGCCUGCCAGCCCAAGGUGAUGCGCCUGAAGGACUAUGUCAAGGUGAAGGUGGAGCCCUCCGGCAUCACGUGCGGAGACCCCCCCGAGAGAUUCUGCUCCCACGAGAACCCCUACCUGUGCAGCAACGAGUGUGACGCCUCCAACCCGGACCUGGCUCACCCGCCCCGGCUCAUGUUCGACAGGGAGGGUGAGGGCCUCGCCACCUACUGGCAGAGUGUCACGUGGAGCCGCUACCCCAGCCCGCUGGAGGCCAACAUCACCCUCUCGUGGAACAAGAGCGUGGAGCUGACGGAUGACGUGGUGGUGACCUUCGAGUAUGGCCGGCCCACCGUCAUGGUCCUGGAGAAGUCGCUAGACAACGGGCGCACGUGGCAGCCCUACCAGUUCUACGCAGAGGACUGCAUGGAGGCCUUUGGCAUGCCCGCCCGCCGGGCCCGCGACCUGUCGGCAUCGGGUGCCCACCGGGUGCUGUGCACGGAGGAGUACUCGCGCUGGGCCGGCUCCAAGAAGGAGAAGCACGUGCGCUUCGAGGUGCGGGACCGCUUCGCCAUCUUCGCCGGCCCUAGCCUGCGCAACAUGGACAACUUGUACACGCGGCUGGAGAGCGCCAAGGGCCUCAAGGAAUUCUUCACCCUCACCGACCUGCGCAUGCGGCUGCUGCGCCCGGCGCUGGGCGGCACAUAUGUGCAGCGGGAGAACCUCUACAAGUACUUCUACGCCAUCUCCAACAUCGAGGUCAUGGGCAGGUGCAAGUGCAACCUGCACGCCAACCUGUGCUCCGUGCGCGAGGGCAGCCUGCAGUGCGAGUGUGAGCACAACACCACAGGCCCUGACUGCGGCAAAUGCAAGAGGAGCUUCCGCACACGGUCCUGGCGGGCUGGCUCCUACCUGCCCCUGCCCCACGGCUCUCCCAAUGCGUGUGCCGCCGCAGGCUCUGCCGUUGGCAAGUGGAUCAGGCCAUCUACCGCUGCCCCCCUCUGGGCGAGCGCCCCCUGGCCCCAGGUGUCCUCCAGCGCAGAAGCUGCGGGCACCUCCGCUGCUGCCCCCGCCCCUGCCAAGGCCUCCAGACUUUUCCAGCUCAGGCCCAAAUCUCCUCAAGUGAUGCCUAUUGAAGAAUUCGAAGACUGCGAGUGCUACGGCCACUCCAACCGCUGCAGCUACAUCGACUUCCUGAACGUGGUGACCUGCGUCAGCUGCAAGCACAACACGCGAGGCCAGCACUGCCAGCAUUGCCGGCUGGGCUACUACCGCAACGGCUCCGCGGAGCUGGACGACGAGAACGUGUGCAUUGAGUGUAACUGCAACCAGAUCGGCUCCGUGCACGACCGGUGCAACGAGACCGGCUUCUGCGAGUGCCGCGAGGGCGCGGCGGGGCCCAAGUGCGACGACUGCCUCCCCACUCACUACUGGCGCCAGGGCUGCUACCCCAACGUGUGCGACGACGACCAGCUGCUGUGCCAGAAUGGCGGCACCUGCGUGCAGAACCAGCGCUGCGCCUGCCCGCGCGGCUACACCGGCGUGCGCUGCGAGGAGCCCCGCUGCGACCCCGGUGCCGCCGACGGCGGCCUGGACUGCGACCGCGCGCCCGGGGCCGCCCCGUGCCCCGCCACGCUGCUCGGCUGCCUGCUGCUGCUGCGGCUGGCCACCUGCCUGGACUGCUGAGACCCGCGGAGGACCCCCGGCCGGUGGGGGGAGGUCGGUCCGUGCGCCCCGCCGCGCCCUGCGCCCCGCGCCCGGAGAGCCGGGAGCCCGGGGGCCGGCGUCGGAGGCCCGGCGGCCAGAAGGGUGCGGCCCGAGCUGCUCCCAGGUGCUACUCAGCAGAGUCCUCCCGCCCCGUCCCCCGCGAAGUGGCACCUGCCCCCGCCCCGGCGCUGCAGCAGGGGAUGCUGUGUGGUCGCGGCCCCAGCGGCCCGCGAUUUCGGUCUUAGUUUUUCUUUUAUAUUACCCACCGCCCCUUUCCUUUUGUUUUUGUUUUUGUUUUUUUGCUGGCGGUGAGCCAGGGGGGUGGGAGAAGCGCUGCUCAUCCCAACAGCCCCAGGUCCUGCCUCCUGCCUCCCUCUCCCCCCCCCCCACACACGACUGUUGCAGACACCCGCUGCGCCUGUCCCUGGCUCACCAUCAGCCAGCGGACCCGAAAAUCCAGUUGCCUACAACUCUAGUCGCUGACUUGAUUCUCUUUUCUAUUCUUUGUUUUCCCUUACAACCCACCAGACCCCAGGCCUUUCCAGAGGCCUGGUGACCAAGGAGCUCGCUGUCUGGGGGAAGGGAGUUAGGAAGGAGGGUUGGGAGGGCUGGAAACUUCCUUUUGUAGAGAACUAUUUUUGUUUGUAUUAACCGCCCCUAUAAGGAGGGACAAGAGCGGGGACGCUGGACACCACGGGGGUGGUUGAUGGUGUAUCAUCUGACAGUAAAGAAUCUGCUCACUGCUGCCU